CUGGGUAUGAAUGAUGGCAAACCAGAGACAUCUCUAAAUCACACAUUAUGAUCCUGUUUUGUUUUUUCUUUUGCCUAGAAGUUUCUUUUGUGCCAUAAAUAAGCGCGCGCGCUCGUCUAAUGACGUCUUUGGUUAGUUAUUUGAAUAAAGUUCUGACAUGUGGGCACGAGACCAAAUUAGACAACCUGAAGCCGGAAGUCAAAUAACCGUAACAUAAACCUAUAGGCUUUAACGCAGACCUGCAGGAGAAAUAUAUGGAUACGAGUUAAGUGUUUUCUGCAGAAGAAUCUCCAGGUACGCCACUCAGUCCUGGUAAACAUUGCGGCAGGAAACUACAACCAUACUAAGUAAGAAGGAAAGGCUGGUUUGUGACCUGGACUCAAUCACUCUGUGUUUACCCAUCAUUUUGGGAAAUGGAUGCUGAUCAUGUGGAUGAUAAAAGAGCAAGGCUACUGGCAUCUAGAUCCAGAUGGAGUGAGAUUGGUGGUGUAACAAGCACUCAGCCAAUCACAAGGGCUGUUACAGAAAAGUAUAAUCAGGACAGCAUUAAUAUGUGGAAUAUUCACAUUAAUAAAGAUGCUAAACAAAUGAGUGUCCAGGAAUAUACAGCACAGGAUCUGAAGGAGACUGGCAUGUCUGAAGAUAACGUAGCACUGUUUUCAAAAGAAUGUGGUAAAAAUACUGUGCAAGGAUUUCUCAGUUCAUAUCCUGAAAGACCUCCUCUGACCUCUGCCUGGAACAGCUUGACAUCAGGAAUUACAGGUCAUUCUGGACCACCAAGUGCCAUGGAUGUCCUGAACCUCUGGCAGGAUGAUCCAGAGGAGUUGCUAUUGGAUCUGGGCUUUGGUGCUGAGGAGCCUGACAUCACAGUGAAGAUCCCAGCCCGUUUUAUAAACCAUCAGUCCCAGGCCCGUGGCAUCAACCUCAAGGUCUUUUUGGAGGCUCAGCAGAACCGCAUAGAUAUAGAGAAUCCAGAUGUCAGAAAUCGGUUUAGACAGAUAGAGGUCCUACAGCAGGUCACUACAGCCUUCAAUUCCUUGGUUGGAGGUGCCAUUCCAGGUGCUCAGAAGCCUGUCGAACUCUCGGAAGAAGCCAGGGUGCGGAGGAAACGGGUUGGCAUGCUCUUCCGGAAUGCCUCCAAGAAGUCCCUUAGCCGACUGACCAAAUACAGAGAUGAGCAGCCACUCUCCCCUUCAUUAGCAGGCCAACCAUACAGUCCAGAGCUGCCUGGAGAUCUUCCUAUUGACAAAAGAAUCCCUCUGAAACGUGGUAGUCUUAGUCCUCUAGUAGAGGAACAGACCUUAAUCUCAGAAGGAGCUGAAUCCACUGAGACUACGUCUAUCUCUCAGUUUAAGAGCAGCAGUCCAAGGGCCGGUAAAGAACUGAAAAAUGUUACGUCAGUCAUCUCCUCUGCAAAAGCGGCCACAGGAAUGCCAGCAGAGUCUUUCGAACUAGAAGAGAUUCAGAGCUUUGAUGAGGGAAGCAUAGGAGGAAUCUGCACUGGCACUGCUGAUCAGCCAGGUAGUAACGUGCGGGCAUACCUUACUCGAGUAAGGACAAAUAGCUGUCAGUCUGACAGCAGUGGAUUUUUGGAGGAACCUUUUGUUCCUGCUUACCCCAACCCUGGGCCUGAGCUUAUGAAGGUGCUGAAUGCCAUGUCAGGGGAUAGUACAGAAAGCCCACAGAAGAGUAUGGACCAAGAGAUCCAUCCUCCAUAUACCCAGGAUCCUGAUAAAUUGCUGAAACAGACUGAAUUCUCUUCAAUGGACUCAAAUAUUAAUGGAGAAAUGGGACCAGCACAUAAUAGGAUGAUAAUAAGUGUAGGUUACACUACGAAGAGCCACUUACAGGACACUGAUAGAACAGAUUAUUUGGAGAAUAAAAAAGUUUUGCAGAAAGACAUUGUUGGCAACUGUGUGGGAGAAAGUACAAUAAUACAGGAAGACUCGCCAGGUCUACAUGACAACAGUGCCAAUGCUGUACAAAAUACCACAUUACAAAAGGAUUCACCAGUUCUACAUGACUAUGGUGGCAGUUUUAAUGAAAGUGAAAAAUUUCUAAAUAACUUAAGUCCAUCUGGUGAUGUGGUUGUGGACAGGGAUUCACAGAUGAAAAUAUGGAAAUCAGAUGUUUCUGUGUAUAAAACAGAUUCGUCUUCCACAGACCCAAAAGCAGGUACAGAAAACAAUGUCCCAUUCUCUACAAUAGGAUACUAUGGUCGUUCUGUCUCAGUGCAAAUGUGCUCGAGCUUGGCCUCCCAGAGUUCUUUGAGAGGCAGCAUCAGCCACAACUCACCAGCAAGACACAGUCCUACCAGUGAUUCUCACCUCAGAAGAGAGAGCAGGGAUCAAUUAGACUCAGAUGUGGCUAAUAUCUCAGACAAGGCACGAAGCACAAACACUACUACAACAAUGGAACACACAUUAUCCAAACCAUGGCUUUCUCAAGAGACCUUCAAGGGACCAUACUCUCUCGACAAAGCCCGGUCUUAUGAGGAGGACACACGGUGGGAGGCAGCACUUUGGUCAGGAGUUCAGAUCUGUGGCUCCUGUCGGCACAAACAGCGAUGCUGCUGCCAGAAUAAGAUCAGCGAGAAACAGUAUUCUGGAAGUACAGAACAUCUAAACCCGACCUCUAGCCUCCCUUAUUCCAUGGAUGAAUUGAUAAGCAUGAUGAGAUGUAUGUGGAAAUUUCGGAAGAUGUUGACCGAGCUCGAGGAGAGGCUUGAGGAGGAACAGGAGACUGUAAAUAGUUCUUUCUCAGAUGAACACAGGGCAGAGUUGCAGGACAUUCUGAAGCUGAGAACAGCUGUCAAGCAGGAAUCUGAAAUGCUAGAACAACAGCUCAGUGAGCUGGUUAAGGCUUAUGACGACAACAUGAAAAUGAAAAUGAGCAGACUUUUGGAUGAGCAGUCCCACCUGUGCACUCAGCUGAGGUUUACACCGCAACCGGGACACAUCUCCAAAAAAAGUGUGGCCAUUCAGUGCACCUUGCUGACAGACAGCCCCGAGUCAUGUCUAUCUACACAACUCACAGAUGACACAAGGCUAAUUCAGAAGGCUGAGAAGUUGGACUUUGUAGGAUUUAUCAGAAGUUUAAAGGAUGGAUCCAUCAACAAUGAUUCACUGGAGUAAGAAUUCUCCAACAUCAAGGGGAGUGAAGAGGAUAAAUAAAUCUUGAUGUAGUAUUUUGAUGUGUUAUUAUAUUUUUUCACUAAAAUAUUUUAUAAGCUCAAUAUUUUUACUUAAAUUCAUUGAAAAUAUUUAUGUAUGUCUUGAAUUCAAGACUAAUAAAAUCAGUCAAUGUAAGAAAUUUACAGACAUCUAUGGUGUUGUGGUAUUGUAAUAACAUUUAUUCAUUUACAUUUAUACAUUUAGCAGAUGCUUUUAUCCGAGUAAGUAACUUAAAAAUAAGGAGAUACAAGCAAACUGAUAUAUGAAGCAGAGAACAAUUGUUACGAAUCCCACAAAUACCAGCAUCUCCAUGUGUGUUUGAUUUCUGUUCCUGUUCUGUGUUUGUUUACUUUGCUAAUUGUCCCGUAUGUGUCCUUAGUGAACUCACCUGUUUUUAGUUUUGUUUUUGUUCUUAUUUAUUUUGAUACAUGUAUCUUGGCUGUUUCCUGUUCCCAUUAUGUUUAGUAGCAACCUAGCAAGAGUUUUGUUUUGCCAAGUUUAUUGUGCUGAGUCUGUUCUGGUCCUGACCUCCUUCUUGCUUCUUGCACUGUUCUCAUGGCCUGUAUCUGCUCUUGAGCCCCAAAAUAAAGACUUUCAAAUGCUAGAGGAGCAUAGUGCAAAGAAUAGAGGUGUAAGAUGCUCUUUAUAUUAUUUUUUGAUACAUUUUGAUAC